UCCUCUCAGAGUGUCCAUCUCAAAGAAGCUCAGGGUCUAUGUGGAAGAAAAAUACAGCAAAGUCGGAGUUCGAAAGGGGGGAUUUGUUGUCAUUCAUGUCAUUGAAACAGAUUCUGUGGCUUCAAUGAGAUCCAAGGGGGACAGUGAUAGCUUGUUGCCGAUCCAAGUUUGGGUUGAAAUAGUAAAAGGUUUGAGGGGUGUGAAGCCUCUCUUUGUCAUCCCACAUGAGAAAGUGAGGGAGGAUGUAGAGGAAGUGGUCAGAGAUGACACACAUAUCCUCUUCAUUACCACUCCUGGCCAGCUAGCAGCUCUCGUUGAUGAUGCAAUUGGAGUAAUUGCCACAAACACUGCUGCCCUGCAACUCGCUAAUGCUCGCAACAAACCGAGGCCUUUAAGUUGUGAUUUAAGUAAAAGGUGUGUGAAGGAUAACUAUGGUAUUACUAGCAAUAUAAGCUAA